AUGAAGAAGAGCCAGUUUCAAUGGACUCCGGAAGCAGAGAGUGCGUUCCGCGAGAUGAAAGACUGCCUCAUCAAACUGCCGACACUAACCGCACCAAUCAAAGGAGAACCCUUGGUACUAUAUCUGUCAGCUUCUGAUAGAGCAGUUGGAGCAGUGCUACUUGUCGAUCGUCAAGGUAUCCAAACACCAGUCUACUAUGUGUCACGAACCUUGUCCGACCCAGAAACUUGGUACGCCAUCAUGGAGAAACUAGUCCUCGCGCUGAUCCAUGCAUCAAGACGACUGCGAAGGUAUUUUGCUAACCAUGUCAUACAUGUGUUAACAAACUACAACAUUGGCAACAUCCUGGCAAGGCCAGAAAUCUCAGGAAGGCUAGCCAAAUGGGCGAUAGAACUCGGAGGUCACAAUGUGGUUUUCAGACCAAGACCAGCCAUCAAGGGGCAAGUGCUAGCAGAUUUCAUGACAGAGGUACCUGACGAUAAGGACCGAGAAUGUAAAGCAAUGGAGAAAGCCGAAAAGAAGCAAGUAGAAGAACCGUGGUUGCUAUACACGGACGGAGCGUCAAACGAAGACGGUGCAGGCGCAGGGCUUCGGCUGGUGAGUCAUGACAAACAUGAAUUCACAUAUGCCAUACGCCUGGAUUUCAAAAGUACGAACAACGAAGCCGAGUAUGAAGCUUUCCUUGCUGGCUUAAGGUUGGCGAUCAAAAUGGGAGUCCGACACAUCGAAGCGCAUGUGGACUCCAUGCUAGUGGCUGGCCAGAUCAACGGGCAGUAUGAAGCCAAGGGAUAUGUAAUGGCGCUCUAUCUAAGUCAAGCAAAGAUGUUGCUACAAACCUUCUAUUCCUACAAGGUGCAUCACAUAAACAGAAGCGAGAACAAACCAGCAGACGUGCUGAGUAAACUUGCAUCUACAAGCUUCCAACACCUGGCAAAGGAUGUGCGCAUAGAAGUUCUGAACAACCCGUCUGUUCCACUAAGGGAGGUAAGCGUCAUCCAAACAGGAACAACGUCUUGGAUGACUCUAAUAAUCAUGUACCUUCAGUCUGGGAUUCUCCCGGAAAACAAAGCAGAGGCAAGGAAAAUCCAAUACAAGGCCGAGCACUACCAGAUGCCGAUGGAAUUUUAUACAGAAAGUCAUACCUUGGCCCAUUGCUGA